GCCGGGCGGGAAGGGGGCGCCGCGGAGGCUCGGCGUUUGUUUCUUUCUGUCCCGGGGGCCCCGGGGGCGGCCCGGCGCGGGCCACCGAGGACGAGGGGACGGCCCCGGCCCCAGCUGUCGCCGCCGCCGCCGCAGGCACGGCCCGGAGCGGAACUGAGAUUCUAGAUGGCAAAUUCUAUGAAUGGCAGAAACCCCGGUGGUCGUGGAGGAAACCCCCGGAAAGGACGGAUUUUGGGCAUCAUUGAUGCCAUUCAAGAUGCAGUUGGACCCCCUAAGCAAGCAGCAGCAGAUCGCAGAACUGUGGAGAAAACUUGGAAACUCAUGGACAAAGUGGUCAGACUGUGCCAAAAUCCCAAACUUCAGUUGAAAAAUAGCCCACCAUAUAUACUUGAUAUUUUACCUGAUACAUAUCAGCAUUUACGACUUAUAUUGAAUAAAUAUGAUGACAACCAGAAACUUGCCCAACUCAGUGAGAAUGAAUAUUUUAAAAUCUACAUUGAUAGUCUAAUGAAAAAGUCGAAGCGGGCCAUAAGACUCUUUAAAGAAGGCAAGGAGAGGAUGUACGAGGAGCAGUCACAGGACAGGCGAAAUCUCACAAAACUGUCCCUUAUCUUCAGUCAUAUGCUGGCAGAAAUCAAAGCAAUCUUUCCCAAUGGGCAAUUUCAGGGAGAUAAUUUUCGUAUCACGAAAGCAGAUGCUGCCGAGUUCUGGAGAAAGUUUUUUGGAGACAAAACUAUCGUGCCAUGGAAAGUAUUCAGACAGUGCCUUCAUGAGGUCCAUCAAAUUAGCUCUGGCCUGGAAGCUAUGGCUCUAAAAUCAACAAUUGAUUUAACAUGUAAUGAUUAUAUUUCAGUUUUUGAAUUUGAUAUUUUUACCAGGCUAUUUCAGCCUUGGGGUUCUAUUUUGCGGAAUUGGAAUUUCUUAGCUGUAACGCAUCCGGGUUACAUGGCAUUUCUCACAUAUGAUGAAGUUAAGGCAAGACUACAGAAAUACAGCACCAAACCUGGAAGUUAUAUUUUCCGGUUAAGCUGCACUAGAUUGGGACAGUGGGCCAUCGGCUAUGUGACAGGAGAUGGCAAUAUCUUACAGACCAUACCUCAUAACAAGCCCUUAUUUCAAGCCCUGAUUGAUGGCAGCAGGGAAGGAUUCUACCUUUAUCCUGAUGGGAGGAGUUAUAAUCCUGAUUUAACUGGAUUAUGUGAACCUACACCACAUGAUCAUAUAAAAGUUACACAGGAACAAUAUGAAUUAUAUUGUGAAAUGGGCUCCACUUUCCAGCUCUGCAAAAUUUGUGCUGAGAAUGACAAAGAUGUCAAGAUUGAGCCCUGUGGGCAUUUGAUGUGCACCUCUUGCCUUACAGCAUGGCAGGAGUCUGAUGGCCAGGGCUGCCCCUUCUGUCGCUGUGAAAUAAAAGGAACGGAGCCCAUAAUUGUGGACCCCUUUGAUCCAAGAGAUGAAGGCUCCAGGUGCUGUGGCAUUAUGGACCCCUUUGGAAUGCCGAUGCUGGACUUGGAUGAUGACGAUGACCGAGAGGAGUCCUUGAUGAUGAAUCGGUUGGCAAAUGUUCGAAAGUGUGCUGAUAGGCAGAAUUCACCGGUCACUUCACCAGGGUCAUCUCCCCUUGCACAGAGAAGAAAGCCCCAACAGGACCCUUUGCAGAUUCCACAUCUCAGCCUGCCUCCCGUGCCUCCCCGCCUGGAUCUGAUUCAGAAAGGCAUCGUUCGUUCUCCAUGUAGCAGUCCAACUGGUUCGCCAAAGUCUUCUCCUUGCAUGGUGAGAAAACAAGAUAAACCACUUCCAGCACCACCUCCUCCCUUAAGAGAUCCUCCCCCCCCUCCACCUGAGAGACCUCCCCCUAUCCCACCUGAAAAUAGACUAAGUCGCCAUUUGCAUCCUGUGGAGAGUGUGCCUUCCAGAGACCAGCCAAUGCCUCUUGAAGCCUGGUGCCCUCGAGAUAUAUUUGGGACUAAUCAGUCAGCAGGCUGUCGACUGGUAGGGGAUGGCUCUCCAAAGCCUGGAAUCACAGCAAGCUCAAAUGUAAAUGGAAGGCACAAUAGAAUGGGCUCUGACCCAGUACUAAUGAGGAAACACAGACGCCAUGAUUUGCCUUUAGAAGGAGCCAAGGUAUUUUCCAAUGGUCACCUAGGAAGUGAAGAGUAUGAUGUUCCUCCUCGGCUUUCUCCUCCUCCUCCAGCCACCGCCCUCCUCCCUAGCAUCAAGUGUACUGGUCCUUUAGCAAAUUGUCUUUCAGAAAAGACAAGAGACCCAGUAGAGGAAGAUGAUGAUGAAUAUAAGAUUCCUUCAUCUCAUCCUGUUUCCCUGAAUCCACAGCCAUCUCAUUGUCAUAAUGUAAAACCUCCUCUUAGGUCUUAUGAUAAUGGUCAUUGUAUAUUGAAUGGAACACAUGGUACAUCUUCAGAGAUGAAGAAAUCAAACAUCCCUGAGUUAGGCAUAUAUGUAAAGGGAGAUGUUUUUGAGUCAGCCUCUGAUCCAGUGCCAUUACCACCUGCCAGGCCUCCAACUCGGGACAAUCCAAAGCAUGGUUCUUCACUCAACAGGACGCCCUCUGAUUAUGAUCUUCUCAUCCCUCCAUUAGGUGAAGGUGCUUUUGAUGCUCUCCCCCCUUCCCUCCCACCUCCUCCACCUCCUGCAAGGCAUAGUCUCAUCGAACAUUCAAAACCUCCUGGCUCCAGUAGCCGGCCAUCCUCAGGACAAGACCUUUUCCUUCUUCCUUCAGAUCCCUUUUUUGAUCCAGCAAGUGGCCAAGUUCCUUUGCCUCCUGCUAGGAGAUUGCCAGGUGAAAAUGUCAAAUCCAACAGAACAUCCCAGGAUUACGAUCAGCUUCCGUCCUCUUCAGAUGGUUCACAAGCACCAGCCAGACCUCCUAAGCCACGACCCCGAAGGACUGCACCAGAAGUCCACCACAGAAAACCCCACGGGCCCGAGGCAGCGUUGGAAAAUGUCGAUGCAAAAAUUGCAAAACUGAUGGGAGAGGGUUAUGCCUUUGAAGAGGUGAAGAGAGCCUUAGAGAUAGCGCAGAAUAAUGUCGAAGUGGCCCGUAGCAUCCUCCGGGAAUUUGCCUUCCCCCCUCCAGUCUCCCCACGUCUGAAUCUAUAGCAGCCAGGACUGUCACCAUCCUCAUGUCAAGUAAUUGGUGCAUAUUCCAGGAGCAUGGAAAGGAGAGACGCGCAGCAGGAUUGGAGAAAGAAGGUGUCUCCUCUUCACGUGGCUUCUCGAAGGGCCUGGAAAGGCUGCUUCCCUGAAGACAGCUGCUUGCUCAGGAUGGCCACAGCUGCGGCUUCUUUAUUUUUGCUAGCCAUACUUUUAAAUCAGGGUUGAACUGACAAAAAAAAUAAUUUAAAGACGUUUACUUCCCUUGAACUUUGAAUCUGUGAAAUGCUUUUCCUUGUUUACAAGUUGUCGAAUUGCAGUUUGUUUUUAGUUUUGUUUUUUUGAUACUUGUACUGUGUUCUUGACGGACCCUUUGUUGAGUGGUCAGGUCUGCUGUAACAUUUCCCACCAACUCCCUUGCUGUCCACACCAAACACCUAAGUCACAUCUUAACUUUGGUUUUUCCCCUCACACUUCAUCCCCACCAAUUGCAUCUCUCCCAUUUGCAAGAUGCUUUAAAGGUUCUGAUUUUCAACAUAUCAAACUAAUGCAAAAAAAAAAAAAAAAAAGUGUGUGGCCUUCACUACUGAGUCUUCUUUUGGAAACCAUUGUUGUUGAGAGAUGGGGAAAACCUGAAUGUAUAGAGCAUUUUUUUUUUUUUUUUUUUGUCAGUGAACUGCCUUUUAUAAAGUGUUUUUCAUAUAACGUAGAGGAGCUUCCCUUUUUAGUCUAAGUUUUGGGAUCUUAAAUCUUCUUUAUUCUCAUCUUUGUCAUCCCAAGGGUGUCCCAACUGAAAACCUAAACUAUUGGAAAGCAACUAUCUGCAGAAGUGGGCAAGUACUCUCACAUAUGACAGUGUGUAUAGAACUUGUAUAAUGAGGUUCCCUGAUUGUAUGCCUGAAUCACUGUGAGGCAUGCUGUCUCCCCGAAAUACACUGAUGACUUUCAGGUAAAAUUAUGCUCAGACCUCUCCCAAACUUCCUAUUUGAGUGAUCACACUCUGGUACCUAACAGGUUUAGGAUCCAGUGCAUUUUGCAGUGAAAACAUUAAAUCUUUGAUGCACUGUUAAGUGUUAAUGCUACUGUGGCAAAUCUUUUUUUUUUUAUUUUGGGGUGGUUUUUUUUUUGUGUUUUUUUUGCAAAAUUCUUAGUAAUUUUCUCUCUGCAAUCAAAUUACAAUUUGUAUUAAAUUUGUAAAUUCAUUCAUUGCUGCAUAAUGCUCCAUCCAGUCAGGUGAAAGAAAUGUAUACGUUUGCCUUUUUUUGCAAUCUGGAGGUUGGUUCUUCAGAAACCGUGUUGAUACUUUUAAUAACGCUACAAAUAUUUAUUGUGCAUCUGUGAUGCGAUCAGCACUGUUUUUAAAGCACAAACUGUUGCAAGCUGAUUUCAGUUUGGUUUUUUAUCUGCGCUUUUGAUGGUAAAAGUCUCUGAUGGACAAAGCCUGGAAGGUUUCCAUCAAAGCUUCAGAAUUUUUAGGCAAUCUACUUUCUUUUUUUUUUUUUCUUUCCUAAUGACAAGUUAGUGGAGUAAUGAGACAAAAGUCUGUGUAACGUAUCUGAACCACAGAAGGUGUUCUAAAUACAGACAAAUUGCAGGAUUGUGCAUGCUUCUCCCACUCCGUAACUUGACAUACAGUGUGAUGUAAAAAGAUGCAUCUGAUGGUGAGCCGCUCUUCAGGAUGUGAAAGGAUGCGACCAAACAGCUAGCAGAUCCCAUGGAAAGUGAUGCUGUUCAAGACACGUGUAGUGACCUGGAGGGGAACUGAUGCACUCCUGUGCAAACUGACACCUGCCCUCGCUUGACAGUUUCGCUAUCAUGAUGUGAGGUCCUUGAAGGAGUCACACGCCUUGGAUAGUUUGUGCUUGUGUUUUAAUUUCUUCAGGUGAUUCUGAGCCGAUUAAUGUCCCUAGAAGGGAAUUUUUAAUUUGCCUUAGAUAUUCUUCCUGUGAGUUUGGAAUAUGUCUGCAGUUUUCUUACACUUUUUAAAAAUUAUAUUGGCUAAUUCUCCAUUGCUUUAUGAACUCAAUGUUAUGUCAUCAUGGUUUUUUAGUUAUUUAAUCAGUUUUGGAUGUCACAUGGGAAUAGCACUGUAUUUUGGGCUCUGUAACUUGCUGAUCAUAGGUACAGUCUAAAUUCUAAAAAUUGCCACUUCAUUGUGAUACCAUUGUUAUGACAGUCUUAAUAGAUUAGGAAUGAUACAAAAUACAAUGUUAGAAAACAGUACAUUCUCAAAUAAUUUCUGAAUAAUGUGUGAACAUUUCAAGUGAGAAUUAGAA